GGCAAAGGGCGGAGGAGGUUAGGGACUGGGAAGGGUUUUUUAAAAAUAACAAAAAAAUUGUGAAAUGAAGUAAGAAAUGAGCUAAAUAAUGCUAGUAAGUAUACAGAAUGGAUUGCAACGAAUUUCAUCAACGCAAAUAUGAAAUUUUACUGUGUAGGAGUGUGUGCAUGCCUCUGACUGAUUAGUGAUCCUGGGAUGGAAGAGAGAAUUUUGCCAGUUUUAGGGGAAUUGAUAUUUUAGCUGUAGCCAUGGAGAGCUUGUUUUGUGGAGAGAGCUGACCUGGUUGUUCAUCUUGUUUGUGCAAAGAUUUGUUUUGCUUGCAGGUGUUCCACUUUGGCUUUGUAUGACACAGUGGACGAGAGGGGACGGCGUUCAGUGGAACAAACGCUGCAGACCCUGGGGAGAAUCAAAGCAGGAGAGAGGAAACGUGCCCUUUGCAGCAGGGGCCGUUGUGCUGGCAUUGCCCAUCGCAUCCACUGCUGCUGUGGUCCUUUCUUUCCUUUGGGCAGUUUGCUGUCUCUCACGGGGUUGUCUACAAUAGGUGUUUGUUUGUGUAUCCGUGUGAGGCUGUUGAAUAAAAUUCCUACCUCUGUGUUCUGCUCUGGGUGCGUGGUUUUCUUGCCUCUGCUCCUGAGGCAUCCUGACUGUCGGAUCCAAACGUACCCUGGGACAGACAGACAGACAGCCAGCCAAGGCAGGCAGGUGCUGCGAUGCCAACCGGCCCGCCAGCCAAGGCUGGCAGGCACGUGUGUGUGUGUUUGUGGGUGUGCGCAAGGGUGGGGUUGCACAUGUUUUGUGUACACGUGGGUGCACAAGGGGAGGGGUUACACAGCUGUGAGUAAGCACAUGGAGAGUGUAAGGAUGGAGUUGCACACGUGUGUGUGCAAGGGUUAACAAACUGGUGGGGUUGCACAGGUGCGUGCAUUCACAGGGCUGUGCAAAGUGUUGGGGUUGCACAUGUGGGUGAGUGCGCAAGGGCGGGGUGGUACAGGUUUGUGCAUGCAAGUCGUGAGUGCAAGGAAGGGUUGCACACGUGCCUGUACGCAGGGGUGUGCAAAGGGGUGGGGAUGCACAAGUGUGUGCAUAGAAGUGGUUUUGGGCAAGGAUGGGCUUGCAGAUGUGUGCGUGCACGUGGGUGUGUGCAAGGGUCGAUUUAGACGUGUGUGUGCACGGUUGUGCAAAGGGGUGGGAGUGCGCAGGUGCGUAUGAGCAUGUGGGAAGUGUGUGAACAAGGUGGCACAUGUGUGUGUUUGCCCAGGGGAGCUCAAAAGUGUGGGGUUGCACACGUGCAUGUGUAAUCGGAUGUCUUCUUCAAGAUAUUUGCCCAUGCAUGUGCAAAGGAAUGGGGUUGCAUAUGCUUGUGAAAGCAAACGAGGGUGCGCAAAGGGGUCUGGCUGGUGCACAUGGGUGUCUGUGCAUGGAGGUAGACAGAAGGUUGCAUACAUGUACGUGUGCACAGUGCUAUGCAAAUGGAUGGGGUUACACAAGUGUGUGCAUGCACGUGUUUGUGUGCAAGGAGGGACUUGCAUGUGUGCGUGCUCAGGGGUGUGCAAAGAGGUGGGGCUGCACACGUGCACACACAGCUAGAUGUUUCCAGGAUGGUAUUUGCAUGUGAGUGUGCAAAAGGGUUGCGUUGCACACGUGUCUGCAUUUACAUGUAUGUCUGCAUAAUCAUGGUUAGGAGCAUCGGGGUCUUUGCACAUGGCUGCAUGGUUUUGCAUACCUUUGCAUGCGUACGGAUGGUGUGUGCACACGGGUGUGCAAGGAUGUGCUUGCAUGUGUGUGACUGCACAGGCACGUGUGGGAGUACAUCUUUGCACUUGUGUGUAUGGUUCUGCACACAUGCGCAUUCAUAUGCGUGUGCAAGGCUGUGCUUGCACGUCUGCAUGCAAAUGGAGGCAUGCAAGGUGCUGUUUGCGAGUGAGCGUGCAAAGGUGGCCCAUGUGGGUGUGCGUUCAUAUGUGUGUGCAAAUAUGGGCGUGCACAGCUAUGUGCAGAGGGAUGCGGUUGCAAUGUCUGCACAUGGGUUUGUGCAAGGGCAGGGUCGCACAGCUUGACCACAAAUACGCCAUAGGGUUGAACCGCACGUGUUCAUGCACGCAUGUGGCUGUUUGCACACAGGAGUGCAAAGGAUGUGCAUGUGUGUGCAAAGGUAGGCUUGAAAUGUGUGCGUACAGAUCGCUGUGCUUGAACAUGGAUGUGUCAUUUUGCACACGUGUGUACAUGCAUGUAGAUGUAUGUGUGCUCAUGGAUGUCAGCAAAGGUGUUCUUGCACAUGUGUGCACGUGUUUGCCUGUGGGUGUGUGCAGGUGUGUGGAUACACGUGCGUGUGCACGUACAGGGGUGUGUGCAUGUCAGUGCUUGCUUUUUCACACGCGUGUGCGUGCACAGGGGUGCACCAGCACUGCCCCAGAAGAGUUUUCUGGGGGAGGCAGAACUCACACGAGACUGCUGGAGAGCACAGGGCCGGGAAGUACAGCUCUGCAGCACUGCGCGCUGCACAGCAGCCUGCAGGACGGCACGGAGCACCGCUGCGUCGGGGUGUUGGGACGCGGGGAUGAGGCACUGCACAGAACACACGCUCACACACACAGUCGGCCAAAGCGAGCGUUUAAGCACUGCAGUGCACAGCUACCGAUCCGCCAAGAGGUCCCAAAAGGACCAUCAGCCAGCACAGCUCGGAUUGGCUGUAAGGGGAGGGACUGGUUGGCUCAGGGCCUUGCGGGCAUCCCCAUGGAGGCAGCGGUGUCCUCUGCCUGAGUUACCUCACCCUGCUGCCCUCCUGACAUGUCUGUAUGCCCUGAGCCGGAUCACGCACUCUACGCGUGGCCAGCGCGUGAAUGCACAGUGCAGCGCAGGGGGGGCAGCCAAUCCACAGCUCGUUGCUGGUGCCUCCUCACUGUUACCAAAACACAACAGCGGCCCUGUUGCCGAGUUCCUUCAUCACUGCAGUGUGAUUUCUGUGCACUGUACGGUUUGUUCUGCAUCUUUCGAUAGUUGCAGUUUCAGUCCGGUUACUGCAUAUCUGCAGCCGUGCUCGUGACACCGAAGUUCAGUUCAGUUCAGUUCAGGCAGUAGGUUGGAAGGUUCCCCUCGGGCAGUCGCACAGUCCGUACACAGCCGCUCAAACCAGGAGAACAGCAUCAGCUCGUUUUUGGAGAGGGAUGGGUGGGGCCGGAGGCGGUGCCCCUGGAACACUGCCACCACCCGUGCAGGGCCCGGCGAGAAGCCCAGGUUGUGUCCACUGCCCACUCACUCACUGCUGGGGGAUUGCCGGCACAGGGGACACCUGGGACCGGGACUGAGGCGGUGACCCGUGGCAGUGCUGCUCUGGAUGAGGCGGUCGGUGUGGAGACGGCCAUUGAAGUUCCACAGAGGCUGCAGGUGAUGUUGUGGCAGACGGUGGGCACAGUGACAGCCAGCGUGUCCACAGGGCUGACAGUCACGCUGAGGCUGAAGUCUGCGACAAGGAGGAUGGUGUCACC